CAAUGAAAUUGAUUGGACCAUGAUAGGAAAUACCGCAGUUGUGGAUGCUUUCUAUAGUCCUACAAUGAAUAGUAUAAUACUUCCGGCAGGAAUCUUGCAAGACGUAUUUUUCAACAGUAUUCGGCCACACUACUUGAAUUACGCUGCUAUUGGUUGGAUAAUUGGUCAUGAAUUGACACAUGGAUUUGAUAAUCAAGGUAGUCAAUUCGACGAGAAUGGUGAUUUGGUGAACUGGUGGGAUCCUGAAACAUUGAAAAAGUAUCUUAAUCGAACUGAAUGUAUAAUUCAACAAUACAGUAAUUAUACACUUAAUGGCUUGAAACUGAAUGGUCAGAAUACUCAAAGUGAAAAUGUCGCAGACAUUGGAGGCAUCAAGGAAGCUUACUUCGCCUACGAAGAAUAUGAAAAGACUCAUGAGCAAGAAUUUGGAUUACCUGGAUUACCGUACACACCACGGCAACUGUUCUGGAUAAGUGCAGCAAAUAUCUAUUGCGACAAUUAUAGAGCUGAAGUUUUGGAACAUGUAAUCAAUACCGAUAUUCAUAGUCCUUGUGAGAUCCGUGUCAAUGGGUCUUUCUCUAAUAUACCUGAAUUUUCUAGAGACUUUAAUUGUCCAGUCGGAUCGCCAAUGAAUCCUAUUAAAAAAUGUACAGUUUGGUUAAGAAAGCCACCUUUACAGAUUUCAUUGGAUCGUAGGGCUAUUUUGAUAGUUGUAUUCUACUCAUUUGUAAAUGUUACUAAUUGUGCAGUAACUACGAUUGGAUUCAAAAACAAAGACAUUAAUUCGAAAAAUGUAUCACAGGAAAAAGUUUGCGAAACACAAGCAUGUAUCGAAGCAGCAUCGCUAAUUCUGAAAAACAUUGACUCAAAUGCAGUACCUUGCGAUAAUUUUUAUCAAUUUGCAUGUGGUAAAUUUUUAAAGGAAUCAGUUAUUCCAGAAUCCAAACAUAGCGUAUCCUCUUUUACUCAAGCUGAUGAAAAACUAUGGCAGCAACUAAGAACAAGUUUAGAACGUAAAAUGGAUCAAAAGGCUCCAAGAACGUUUAGAGUGCUGCAGUCUUUUUAUAAUACUUGUUUAGAUAUUGCUAAAAUCGAUGAAACUAGUACAUAUGAAAUAUUGAAUAUAUUGAAGAAACUUGGUGACUGGCCUGUUCUGGUCGGACAAUCUUGGAACGCUUCCGACUUUGAUUGGAAAAAAUUAAUCUAUCAGAUGCGUGAAAUUGGAUAUACAGAAGCAAUGAAAUGUUUUAUAUAUUCAAGUAUCGAUGUCCUCGGUAACAACAAAUAUGAAAUAACUCUGGAUCAGGCACCUACAGGACUCGAACAAGAGUACUUGUCAAAAGGUUUCCAAGACAAAAUUGUACAAGCCUACUAUAAAUAUAUGACCAAUCUUGCGGAAGUCCUCGGAGCUGAUGAACAACAAUCUAAGAAAGACUUACGUGACUCUUUGGAUUUUGAAAUUGAGCUUUCGAAGAUUUUUUUACCGAAAGAAGACCGUAGAAAUAUGUCUGAACUGUACAAUCCUAUGACUCUACAACAAUUAGAAUCAAGAUAUCCAGAUAUUCCCUGGAGGGAGUAUUUCAAUAACACUAUUUUUCCACUAACUAAAUUUAUUACAUUUAACAAUCAAAUCAUAGUUCAAGUUCCAAGUUUUCUCAAAUCUUUAAUAAACCUAAUUAAUAAUACUCCAAAACGUGUUCUUGCCAAUUAUGCUAUUUGGCGAGUAGUCCAAGAAUCGGCUUCUUUCAUGAAUGAACGCGUGAAACGCAUCAAAGCUGAUUUCAGUGCUUCAACAACAGGUACAAAUAUACAAGAACAACCAUGGGUAGAAUGUUUGGAAUACCUAUCGAAAAAUUUACGGCUGGCACUUGGAGCUUUAUAUGCGAGAGAACAUUUCGAUAAGAAAUCGAAAAAAGUUGCUGAAGAACUUGUCCACGGAGUCCAUAAAAGUUUUUUAGGUUUAUUAGAAAAGGUUGAUUGGAUGGAUGAAGCAACGAAAGAUGUCGCUAAAAAGAAGCUCCGUUCAGUUAAAGAAUACGUUGCCUACCCGGACGAAUUCCUUGACGACGAAAAAAUUGACACCUAUUUCCAGGAUCUAGCAGUUCAUUCGGAAAGUUUUUUGAAGAACCAUUUAAAUUUGAAUCUUUUCAAAUUAAACAAACAUUUGGAAGAACUGGAAAAGCUUGUCAAUGAAACUGAUUGGACCAAGAUAGGUUAUACCGCAAUAGUGGAAGCUUUCUAUGGUCCUGCAAUAAAUAGCAUUAUACUUCCGGCAGGAAUCUUGCAAGACGUAUUUUUCAACAGUAGUCGGCCACACUACUUGAAUUACGCUGCUAUUGGUUGGAUAACUGGUCAUGAAUUAACACACGGGUUUGAUGAUCAAGGUAGUCAAUACGACGUGGAUGGUAAUUUGGUGAACUGGUGGAAUCCUGAAACAUUCAAGAAGUAUCGUAAGCGAACUGAAUGUAUAGUUCAGCAAUACAGUAAUUAUACACUUAAUGGCUUGAAACUGAAUGGUAAGAAUACUCAAGGUGAAAAUAUCGCUGAUAACGGAGGUAUCAAGGAAGCUUACUUCGCUUAUGAAGAAUAUGAAAAGACUCAUGAGCAAGAAUUAGGUUUACCUGGAUUACCGUACACACCGCGGCAACUGUUCUGGAUAAAUGCAGCAAAUAUUUGGUGCGGCAAAUUUAGACCUGAAGCUUUGGAACAUGGAAUCAAUACCGAUGUUCAUAGUCCUUUUGAGUACCGUGUCAUUGGGCCUUUCUCUAAUAUACCUGAAUUUUCUAGAGACUUUAAUUGUCCUGUCGGAUCGCCAAUGAAUCCUAUUAUAAAAUGUACAAUUUGGUGA